UGUUUCUGUCUUUGUUCCCAUUACUCACUUUCUUUGUUCAUCCCCCCUCUUAAACUCCAACCCCCAAACAAAAAAGUUUGCAAAAUCUUGACCCAAAAAGUCUCUGAAUUUUCAAUAUCUAUCGUUCAAUUAUUGAUAGAUUUUCAUUCCCCCAUUGGGUUUUUCAAGACAAAUACCCAGAAUCUUGAUGCAUAACAACGCCAACGGUAAUCAGACACAAGCCUCUAGUUCUACAAGACGGCAUGAUUCGCACACAGUGAAUGAUAAUACUGAAUAUUCUUCAGAGGAACAGGUAUGCUACAGGAACUUAUCCAUUUUGCGGUAAAGAACUAGUGUUACUCGUUAACGGAGGGAAUAUGGCGCGAAACGAGGAACGACUUGCACGUGUGAAAGCUCAAAAGGAGGAAAUCCGGAAUCUUAGAGAACAAAUUACUUUUGCAAGUGUCAAGGAACGGAAAUUGUGGAAUGAAAAAUGUACAUUGGAAAAUAAAUUUUCCGAGCUACGAUCGGCUCUCGAUGAGAAGCAAAAUGAAGUCAUCGUGUCUGCUGCCAAUGAACUGGCUCAUAGAAAAGAAAUUCUUGAAAUAAAUAUGAAAUUAACCCAAGACUUGAAGGUUGCUGAAGAUGAGAGAUAUAUCUUCGUAUCAUCCUUGGUUGGGCUAUUGAAUGAAUACGGCAUUUUGCCUCUCAUGACAAAUGCUGCAGCUCUAUCAGAUAGCAUAAAGCAUUUACAUGACCAAAUGCAGCAGAAGAUCAGUGCGUCCCAAGGCCAACAUUGGUUUUCACCGUCACCCAAUAACAAUUCGACAGGUGGCAGGCGAUUGGAACCAAAUUAUGAGGUUUCGAAAUUAGCACCUGAAAGCAAUCAUAAAGAAAGGACUAGCUUGAUGCUCAACGGUGAAAUGAAUCAUUCGCUGGAUAAUGAUCCACGUGCCCGGUUUCAAUCAAGUCUUGUAAGUCAGAACGCGGAGCGUGCUUAUGCUUUAGAAGAAGAUGGCCCGGGAAUAGAGAACUUUCAAAUAAUUGGAGACGCAAAACCCGGAGGUAAACUUUUAGGUUGCGGGUUUCCCGUGCGUGGGACUUCACUAUGCAUGUUUAAGUGGGUUCGUUACUAUCAAGAUGGCACUGCGGAGUACAUCGAGGGAGCCACAAAUCCAGAAUAUGUAGUUACAGCCGAUGAUGUCGAUAAACUUAUCGCUGUCGAGUGCAUACCCAUGGAUGACCAAAAUCGACAGGGGGAACCAGUGAUACUCUUUGCCAAUGACGAAAACAAAAUAACGUGGUAAUGCGCGACACAUUUGCAGAACGUGUGGCCAUCCUUUUGUAUCGAAUAGGCAUUGAAUGAAAGAAGGAAGACAAAAGUAUGAAACUUAGGAAGACAAAGUCAUGAAACUUUUUAUAGUUACUUAUAGAUACUAUUAUACACUCAUUCUUUAUAGAAAUGAAGUAAAGAAGAUUAAGACUACUUUAGAAGGUUUUGUUUUUUUGAUUGGUGGUGAGGGUUGGAACAAGGGUGUGUUUGUUUAUGUUGUAUUUAUUUCUAUUUGGUUUUGACUUAUGUAAAAAGUCAACGAGCUACUAUUACUUUUAGUUUUUUGUGACCGCCGAUAUUAUUUAUUAUAUGAAGAAAACAUGAAAUUGUUGUGAA